UGCACAGCUGGAGGACAGACACAGACGGUCAGACAGAUGCAGCUGGAGAUGUUGUAUUUGAGAAGAAGAAGAAGAUUGAACGUACUGCUGUGAGGAGGCGAAGGUGUGCGCAGGGAGACGUGAAAACACCUGAGACAGACUGUAUGAAAGAAGGCUGAAGUAAAGGAUGAAGACUGGAAACAGGAAAAGACACCUGAUGAAAAGAGGCAUCAGCGUCCAGGUGGAGAGGGGCGGAGUCAGGCUGGCUGUCAGGAGAGCACUGAACAGGUCGGCGGGACGCUCUGGCCUCAGCAGCUGGGGGAAGGUCAGAGGUCACCUGUCAGAGGGGGGGCGUCGCCUCGUGCCGUUUGUUUCCGGGCUGCUGUUGGCGUCUCUGUACGGCGCCACGGCGCUCUUCCUGCAGAGGCAGCCACUGUGGCUGUGUGUCUACACCACGCUGGCGCUGGCCGUCCUGGCAGCCUUCGGGAUGGGCCUGUCAGCCGGCGUCCGGGCCGACGUCAUGGUGCUGCUGCCCUCGCUGUGCUCAGCUCAGGGCAGGAACCUCCUCCUCUUCCUGUUCGCCUCGGUGCUGCUGUCUGGUCCGCUCAGCAACACGUUAGAAAACACGGAGCGAGCCGCCGCCAGUCUGCUGUGUGGAGCCGAGCUGGCAGCCAAUCAGACGCAGGAACUGAUGCAGAGAUCGACCACGCCCCUUUUCUCCGUGUUGGACAGAAUCAUAGAGAUCAGCAGCAACGUGCACUCUGUGGCGGCGAGAGUCCAGAACCUGAUCCACGCUCUGACCGAUGGCGUCCGCCAUGUCGCUCGCACUCUGAGGAACGUCCUCCACUUCCUGGUCGACAUUGGUGACAUGUGUAACGCCAAACUGGGCUCUCCGUACAGGAAGUGCCGGGCGGUGUUCGACCAGGCCCGAGGCGACUGCUACGACCUGCUAGGAGAGUUCAACUUCCUGUGUGACAUCGUGGACGGCUUCCUGCCGCUCUGCAGCCUCGCCCGCGCUGGCGAGCUCUUCUGCAUCAUCCCCUCCUUCAUCGCCAGCCAUCUGAAAAAACAUCUGGCGACUCCCACCGUUGCAGCGUUCGAGCGAAUGAAGCGGGAGUUUGACUUCAAUAUCUCGGCCUCGGUGGACUUUGACCUGGACGCCAACAGCAGCAGCUCCCUGCAGCAGGUGUCUCAGGUCAUCAUGGAGGAAGUUUCUUCAGAGCUGCAGGUGUUUCAGAAGCUGAGCGAACCGCUGGUGUACGCCAGUCUCCUCCUGCUCGUCUGCGCCUUCCUGAGAGCGGUGCGUUACAGACGCAGGUAUCUCCAUGAGGACGACUUUGAUAACGUCUACAUCAGCGCUCAGUUUGAAGAGCUCGACCAACAGGUGACCUCACAGGGCGGAGCCUCAGUCCUGCCAAUCACACGCAGAGAGGCCAAGACCUACAUCACUCCAUUGUCGUUGCAGCUGACAGCAAAAGAGCAGCAGGCGGUGUUGGUGGGCGUGGUCUCAGUCUUCAAACACCUGGUGAUGGGGGGCCUGCUGGUGGCGCUGGACUUCCUGGUGUUCUGGAUGCUGGAUCAGGUGCACCACCAGGUGACCGCUGAUGUCGUGGCCAGAGCUCCGGUCAUGGUGGCGUUGCAGGUGAACGGAUCAGGUUACGCCUCAGACAUCUUCAGAGACGUGGUGGCUUCGUUUAACGUCCUCCAGGGAGGAAACAUCACUGUGAUCAGCAGGAAGUGUCUCCUGGAGCCUUCAGAGCCGAGCUACGGCAAAUGUUUCAUCCUAGGGUUCCUGUUGGGUCUGGCUCUGCUGGUCUCUCUGAGCGGAGGAUUCGUGCAGCGCUGCAGACGACUCGUCUGUGCUUCAUAUCAUCCAAAGAGAGAGCUGGAGAGGAUCCAGUUCCUCCGGCAGCAGAUCCUGGAUCAGAGGAGGGCGGUGGGGAAAGCCCUGAGGAGGUCUGCAGCCAGGAGCCGAGCUGACCGAGGAGCAGGAGGAGGAGGAGGAGGAGGAGCAGGAGGAGGAGGAGGAGGAGGAGGGAGUCGCCUUCAGACUCUGCUGCUGCGGUUACCUGGAGGUGCUCGCCUGUCUCACCUGCUGGCUCUGUCAUCAGUCAGCUGUCUGGCCUGUGGUGAGGUGGGGAGACAGGACAACAUGGCCGCCUGUGACGUCCCGCAGUGCUCAGGCCUGUACUGUCGUCCAUGUUUCCACAGUUUGGGAAACACGUGUGUCGUCUGCACGCGACCUCUGACCUUCCAGGAAGACGGCGAGGAGGAGCUCGACUCCAGCGACGACGAGCAGCAGAGUUUGUGCUCUGCAGCUCUGAACUCGAGUCACAUCACCGACCACCGCGGCAGGAAACUGAUGAAGAGGGCGAUCUCCACGGCGACGCGCCAAAGAGCGACCGGGCGAGUCAGAACGGCAAAAGCAGACGAUGGAGGAGAGAGCGACGGCGGCGACACUGACUCUGAGCUCAGUGAAGCAGACAUGGCGUACCAGGACCGACCCGGGUCAGACGACAGCGACGCUUCCUUCUACUCCGUCACCUCCAAGGAGAUAACCUGCAGCCUCCAGGACCAGAACCUCCACACGGUCAUCAUACACACACCGGACUGUGCCCCAAACCUCCAGGACCCUCCAGGACCCUCCAGGACCCAGUCCCCCAGACCCUGAUUCAGAACUGUCUGUUAGUGUGAGCAGAUUCUGUGAUUAAAGUCAAUAAAGCAUAAAAUGAAAAAGUGAA